AUGUCGAUGAACCGUCCCCGACACGGACUACUGUACUUUGACACCCUCGUAUAUAGGGUAGAUGACACCCUUUUCAAGCUGCCCUCCCGUCACCUUCAAGUGAAAGUCGCGGGCGCAGGAGUAGCUUCGAGCUUUGCUAGGCUCGAAGGCGCUGGCAAUAGCGAAGGGUCCUCGGGCGGGGUUCCCGUGUGCUUGUCCCCGUUACCGUACGAUGGAAAUGCCCAUGAUUUCGCGAACCUGGCAAAGGUCAUUAUUGCUCUAACUGCCGAUUUACCGAUGCCUACAAACUAUACUCUGAAACAGUGGUUGUCUGUCAUUAAACUAUCGACGUUCUGGGGAUUGACCAACAUACGCGCCAUUGGUGUUCAGCAUCUAUCAAAUUGGGCUUUAAUGACAUCAUUGGAUCAGUGGCUACAUUUACUCGAAUUUUGCACCAAUCGAGAGCAGUUUUCUGAUAUACGUUCCAUAUCCGUUUCCCAUCUUUCGAUCGACAAUCCACAUUUUACUCUUGACCAAUGGACCUCAGCUCUCGAUCUUACUUUCGGUCGAACCGAGUUUUCGGAUGUGAGCAAUAUCGCGAUAUCCCACAUAUCCUCACUCAGAUCUCAAUUGUCGUCAAUCGACAAGGUGAAGCUUGGUCGAAAGUACAACGUGCGAGAAUGGGUUUGUGAAGGUCUGCACGGCCUGGCGAAACAACAAUCCCCACCAUCGCUAUCCGCGCUAGGAAGUCUCGGUCUUCAAACCGCUCUACGUUUGUUGCAUAUACGGGAUCUUACACUGGGGUCGCGGUCAGGCUGUGGUCAAUGCAGAGCCGUUGGCGUACCAGUACGCUGCAGAAAUUGCCAAGACGGGUCCUGGGUAGAUGAGCAAUCCAAUUCUUCGGAUCUGGAUUCUUUGAUUGCAGAGCAUUUCCCAGACGAUCUGAUUCUCCAGGAUUUCAGUGUCUGA